AUGGUAGUGUUAGAAGGAUGGUGGGGGGGGGGUUUGGGUGGGGUGGGGGUUUGGGGGUUGGGGGGUGUGGGGGGGGGGGGGUGGGGGUGGGGUUUGGUUGGGUUGGUAUGUGGUUUGGAGGUGAUGUUUGUUUUUGGGGGUGGAUUGGGUUGUGUGUUUGAGUUUUGGGGGGUGUGUGUGUUGGGGGGUUGGGUUGGGAUUGGAGUUUGUGUGGUGGUGGGGGGGGGUGGUUUUGGGGGGGUUGGUGGGUGGUAUAGGGUGGGGGUUGGGUGGGGUUGGUGGGGUGGUGUGGUGGGGGUUUUGGUUGUAGUUUUUGUGGUGGGGGAGGGUAUUGAAGGGGGGGGGGUGGGGUUUGUUGAGGUAGUUGGGUUGGUGGUGGGUUGUGUGUAUUGUUUGUGGUGUAGGGGGUUUUGUGUAGGGUUAGUGGUGUGGGGUGUGGUGGUUUGGUGUUGUGGGGUUGGGGUUUGUGAUGUUGUUGUUGGUUGGGGGAUUUGGUAG